AUGGUGACGGCAAACAAAGCCCGUACUGGGGACAGCUGCAGAGCUGCUCUCCUCGCCGUAGCCAUGAUCCCCCCCGCGGACUCUCUGCUCAAGUACGACACCCCGGUGCUGGUGAGCCGGAACACGGAGAAACGGAGCCCCAAGGCUCGUUCACUGAAAGUCAGUCCCCAACAGCCUGGACCCUUGGGUCCAGUUCCACAGCCACCAAAGACCAAGCUCCCCUCAACUUCCUGUGUCCCAGAUCCUACAAAGCAGGCAGAAGAAAUCUUGAAUGCCAUCCUGCCCCCAAGGGAGUGGGUUGAAGACACACAGCUAUGGAUCCAGCAGGUGUCCAGCACUCCCAGCACCAGGAUGGAUGUGGUGCACCUCCAGGAGCAGCUGGAUCUGAAGCUGCAGCAGCGGCAGGCCAGAGAGACAGGCAUCUGCCCUGUCCGCAGGGAGCUCUACUCGCAGUGUUUUGAUGAGCUGAUCAGGGAGGUGACCAUCAACUGUGCGGAGAGGGGACUGCUGCUACUGCGAGUCCGGGACGAGAUCCGCAUGACCAUUGCUGCCUACCAGACUUUGUACGAGAGCAGCGUGGCGUUUGGCAUGAGGAAGGCACUGCAGGCCGAACAGGGGAAGUCAGACAUGGAGAAGAAAAUUGCAGAACUGGAGACAGAAAAGAGAGAUUUGGAGAGGCAAGUGAAUGAGCAGAAGGCAAAAUGUGAGGCCACUGAGAAGCGGGAGAGUGAGAGGCGACAGGUGGAGGAGAAGAAGCACAAUGAGGAGAUCCAGUUCCUGAAGCGGACGAAUCAGCAGCUGAAGGCCCAACUGGAAGGCAUUAUUGCACCAAGGAAGUGAUAAUUUCCAUAUUGGUCUCAGCAAGCACUACUACCCCAUCAUAAGCCUUUUGUAAUAAAAGCUAGUUUCCCAAGUGAACAAGCCAUACCCCUCCCCUGAUCAUCACCUACACAUUUGUCAGAAGUCACACUAUUGCCCCAGUGUCACGUAAGGUCUGACAGCCAGGCUGCUGGUUGGGCAAGGGAAGGUGGUGUAACGUAGCCCCGAUUGUCUCAGUAUGUGGCUUACUAGCCAACCUUGGGAUUUGCCAACUCAAAUAGUACGGCUUAGAAAGCGAGUGCUUUCUCAUGACUCCAUACCAUCACUUAUUUCUUGCCAAAUCAAGCUGCUUCUCUGCCCCUCAAAUUUUUGGUUCACAAUUCACUUUGUGCCGUAACUUGGGCUUCUCUAGCCUCAGUCCUGCCUUUAUUUGAUGUCUUUUCAUCUCCACUCCAGUACAUUUCUAGUAACUCAUUUUGGAAUGGUUUCAUACUGUAUCAUCUUAUCUCCACCUGCCAAGUCAACUGGACCCCUUCUUCCUUAGUGUGACUGCCUAGGUUAGGAAAGAAUGGCAGAGUCAAACCCAUCACUUUGGAGAAAGUAAACGUUUGCUGAAAAGGAAUACAAAUCACAGCAUCUUUUGUGAGCUGUUUGCACCUCAGUUCUUCCUCCAGAUUUGAUCUGUUUACCUUAUUCUGCAGAACACCAAACCCUGAUUCUACACCCACCAUCUCCCAGUUAGCUAUGCUUAAUUAACAACUGGAGCGGUAACCAAGUCUUACACAGUUCUAGUUACUAACAAUAGGGCUAUGACUUGUAGAAAACUGCAGUUUACUAUUCCUCUUAAGUAAAACUAAAAAUUAGGAGGCUUAAGAUUCUGGUUCUGGUUCUGGAGACCCCAAAGAUUGAAUUAGUGACAUAAAUCUUUAAAUAAGAACAGAUCAGGAUGGGCUAGGGAGACAAGCUGGGUGCCUUCCAUCAUUAAGUAACAUAACCUAAGAAGUUACUAAAAUCUUCACUUGGCUAGAAUGCCUCAAGUGUUCAGGAUUCCCCUGAAGAGGUGGGAGAAGGCAUUCAUUCCUUAGCAGAGCUUUGAUCUGACAUCUGUCCUGGUUAGGACUUCAAGGUUCACUGGAAGAACUGUAGUCCCACAAGAACUGUAUUCCACUGAGUUGACCAUGCCUCACACACUCAAAUCGCAAAUUUGAAGACAUAGCUUUUACCCUUAUCCAGUAUCCUGAGGAAUUAUAAGAUCCCACUAAAAUGACCUGCCUGUGCUGUCACUUUCAUGGGAAAGAAUUCUGUUCAUUGAGAUCUGCUAGUUCCAUGACUCCUCAACAGUAAAGCACAUGUCCUAAAUGGGUCCACUUAACAGACUCUGAGGGACAGAAGUUGCUGUAGCUUUUUGCUCCUACUUUGAAGCCUAGGACAUAUAUACACAACCAUCCUUGAAAUUUUCUUUUUACAAUUUUAUACGUUGCUGUUCCAAAUUGCUAAUUACCAGUACAAAAGAAAUGCCACACUUUCCAUUUUGUACACCACAUCCCCCUACUUCUGUGAGACAUUUACAUGACAGGGUUACACUCUGGAGGAACUAGAGGACUACUUCAAGCAUCUGAAGUGCCAAUGGACUCGAUCACUGAAAUCUUUAGUGGUGAGGGGGCUUUAUUUUCACUAGUCCUGGUGAAUGGCUUCAACUGUCAAACCUCAGACAAAUGCAUUAUGGCCUUAGAGAUGCCAACUGGACAUGAAAAUGAACACAACAUUUAACAGAGUACAUAUCUUUGUAUAAUUUCAUAAACAACUUUUCAAAUGUUA